AUGCACGUCGGUAAGAGAAAUCACCACAUUCAGGUUUCGAUGGAUGUUGAACACAGCAGGCCCCUUUCAGAACUAAUCCCAUCGUCACCUGGAAACUAUCAUCGCCAUCCAUGGUUAGUGUAUUUUCACGGGGAAAUUCGAGAUCGUCAAACCUUUUGUAAGAUUUCAUCUCCAGGAGUAAUCUUCAAGACUAUUCGUGAAUUUCAUCAACGUACAAUCUACUAUAGUUCCCCGGACGGGAAUUGGUUACUUCUGCUUCAUCAGUCCCUGAACCGCUUCUUGGUGUGGAGUCCAAACUCCACAAUUUGGUUGCCUCCUCUGAGACCAGAUCUUAUUUCGACAAUUCGUCAUGGAAUGUUGUCACUCACCAACUCCACCUGUUUGGUACUUUUGUUUGUUGCUCGAACUCCUUUGAUCUUAUAUUGUCGUGUUGGAGACGAAAAAUGGUCCGAAUUCAAUUACGCUCCAAGCAUUGAAGCUCAAACGGGUACGCCACUUCCACAUUGGUAUUACCUCGAGAGCCCUGUCAGUUUUAAUGGCACAAUAUAUGCCUUGGCUUCUUCUCCCGCGGAUUUGGUGCAAAUCAACAUCGAUAAAGACAAUAAUUGCGAGACUCGUGUGUUAUUGCGAGAAGACAGAACAACCUCACUCUUCUGUACAUACUUCUUGGUGACGUUGGGGGAUCGCGACCUUUGUCGAGUCGUAAUGUUCCCCAUGAUUUUUGAUACAUACCAUGAAGCAAUAUCUAUAACAGUUUUCAGAUUUAGUUUUUGUACAAACUCUUGGGAACCAAUGACAAGUUUGAAUGGAGGGUCAAUUUUUAGGUGCGAUUCCUACUCGCUUCACAGCCCUCCGGCGGCGGAUGAUGAUGAAUUUGGUUCAAACAAAGAAUGGAGUUACAUACAUUUCGCCUUUGACCACGAUCAAACCUUGUUCUCUUACAGGAUGGAGGAUAAGAGAAUGACAUCCUAUUCACUCUGUCCUCGUACGAAGAAUUCUCCGGAACCAUGGAUUUCUCGUUGGAUUAUGCCUUCCCUAAGUGUUGACGAGAUUGAUAAGCAUAUUCAGUAUCAACAUUGCCACAGUGUACUUAUUAGUGGUACUCAGGAUGCCUCAAAAGAUCAAAAAAGAAAAAGUGCCACAGAAAUAUUCCCGGGAAACACAAGUUAUGAGAAGCAGAAGUUGAUGGUUUCGGACAUUGGAUCCUCAUUGUGUGACCUUCCGCCGGAGGUACUUGAUUUGAUUGCCCAGAAUUUAUCCUUUGUUGAUUACAUGCAUUUUCGUCGUGUCAAUAAACUUUGUGCCACCGGCGUUGUUAUUGGGAUGAGGACCAAACCUUUCCCACCAUCCUUAGUAUACAAGGACGAGGUUAAUGGUGUCUACAAUAUAGUGGAUUUCGCUCGCGAUAUAAAACUUUCCGUCAAGAUUCCAAAGGAACUAGAAAACUAUGAGAUUCGUUGUUCUAAAGAUGGUUGGCUGCUCAUGGAACACUGGACAAAUUCAAAAUCAGAAUGCACCAUCUUCAAUCCACUGACGAGGCAAGUAAUCUAUGCAGGACUAAGACCCGAAACAAACGAUCCUUUCUCGAACUUUACCUUCAUAAACCACCCGUCUUCUCCCAGCUGUUCGAUCCUGACAAUGUCCACUUUCAGUAUCACCAACGAAUCAUACUUUGUCAAAGGUGUUUCGCCGGAGCCUGGAGAACCAGAAUGGUGGGCAUAUGUGGUGGGAGAAGGAGGCGAUGGACGGUUUCUAAAUCACAGUUACAAUAGUCCAGCUUUCUUGGGAGGAUUUUGUUACUAUUUGGGGACUAAUGGAAUACUUGGGCGCUGCCAAUUGACCAAAGGUGAAGAAACCUCUAUUCACUGGGAAGUUUUUGAGGACCUCCAAUUUCCUGACAUAAUAAGAAGGUUUAAACGGAACUACUUAAUCGAGUGUGGUGGAGAACUUAUAGCUGUACUUAUGGGUGAUGAUCAUGGCAAAAGAAAAAUACCAUGGGUCCAAGUUUUAAAGCUGACGAGGGAUUAUAAGAAAUGGGAAGAAAUUCAGACAUUGGACGGCUUUUCCUUAUAUCUAAGCUGGCAAUCAUCCGUAUCUUUUCUCGCAGGAAGAGCAGAUAUGGGAAACCGAAUCUAUUUUCCCAAAUUCUACAAAGAUGAAUUGGUGUACUAUUCUUUGAAGACCAAGAAGUAUUAUUCCGUUGGGUCUCAACACGAGCUGAAGAGUUUUAAUCAAACCAGCAUGUUCUUGGAUUGUGCUUGGAUUGAACUAGGUUGGAAGUGA